GUGUAACUUCUCAAUACUCUCUGAAAACCCAGAACCAUCAAGCUCACUCUCUCUCUCUCUAGAAAGUUAUUGAUCUCUUCUUUUGUAGCAGUCGUAGCAGUAUACAAGGCGUAGACUGCGUGGUUCUUUCACUUUGGUCGUUUUCCCUUUGAAUCCUCCUUUUUAGGGUAUUGUCUUUUUUGUUUGUCAGAUUUUUGCAAGCGUGGGUUUGAUUCUCUCUCGCUCUUUAAACUUCUCUUUGACGCCAUCUUUUUAUAUCUCAAACCAAUCUCUCUUUACUCCCAUACUUUCUCUUGUAUGUUCAACAAUGGAUCAUAGCAUACUCUACAACCCAGUCAAAUACACCGAGCACAAAAAAACCACCACAAAAAUCAUCAAACCCUCAAACCAAAAUCCAAGAAAUGUCCGUAUCACUAUGACCGAUCCCGACGCCACUGAUUCCUCCAGCGAUGAUGAAGAAGAAGACGAGCUUUUCCACCGGCAACGCGUCAAGAAAUACAUCACCGAAAUCAAAAUGGAGACAGCUGUGAUAAGCAGCAGCGGGGAAGUCAGCGCUCUCCGCCCCAAGCCCAGGCCCAUGAAGAAGCCCAAGGAGGCCGGGGCGAGGAAGUACAGAGGCGUGCGGCAGCGGCCGUGGGGGAAAUGGGCCGCUGAGAUUAGAGACCCCUGCAGAAGGGUCAGGCUCUGGCUAGGCACCUACAACACCGCCGAGGAGGCCGCCAUGGUCUACGACAACGCCGCCAUUAAGCUCCGUGGCCCGGACGCUCUCACAAACUUCACUCCCCCGCCGUCGGUUUCGGGAUAUGACUCCGGUGACGAGGCGCGUGUCGUUUCCUCUCCGGUUUCGGUUCUCCGGUUUAAAAACAGUGGCUCGAGUGAGAGUGCUGAACCGGCCUGUCUAAGUAGCCAAUGUAGUGAGUAUUCCGAACCCGGUCCAUCUGAACCGGUUUUUGGCUUAGUAGAUGGUCUGAACCGAACCGGUCCGGUUCGUAACGAAUUCGGCUUGGAGAUGGUGGAGUGUGAAGGUGAAACGAGUACUGUGCCGGAUUACUGGAACGAAUAUUUGGCGAUGGACGUUCUGGUUUUCGACAAUUUCUUCGACUUGGGGCUGCAAGAGGAGGAGCACUUGUUCGGGGACGAAGCAAGUUGUUUCGACGAUCCUCCGUCGCUCGGAGUGAAGUUCGGAGAUGUUAAUGAUUCGUUUAUGGAACUUGGCUCAAUCGAUGUUGAAGAUUAUUUUGGUUUUGGUGGCUCAGAUGCAGUCUUAGCAAUAUAACAAAUGUUCAAAAAAAUCAAAUAUGUUUGAACAUAGUCGGAUUGCCGAUUAAAUGGCAAAUUUUGUUAUCUUUUUCCGACUGUCGGCUUGUAUUUUGUUUUAAUUAAGUAUAGUUAGUAUCUAAUUUUAGAUGUAUCGAUCUCCAUUCAAAAUGAAAAUGGAGGUUUAGUUGAGUCAUGUAUUAGGCUUGAUACAAAUCGUGAAACAAUAAAUUGGAUUUGUUUUCCCA